GCACACCUCCUAGAGCCAGCCCCAGGUGUACCUUUUCUUUGGUGGGAGCUGGUCAUUUUGAGAAGAAGUGAUGCAUUCUCUGGUGGAUGGCCCAGACUCUGGUUGGAACGUGCUUCUCUCCAGACUCAAGCGCUUUUGCUGCCCAUGACUUGUAUUGAUAGUCCUAGGAUACAGAUCCAUGGCUGGACGCACGAGAGCAUUUCUCUAGGAAGACUGGUUUUGUCUCAGCCUGGGACUGAAUCUGCGAUAGUUUCUCAUCUGCUGUUCCUCCAGAGGUGAUGCGUCUUUCUUCAGUUGUACAUAGAUCUCCUGUCAGAAGGCAGCAGCCUUGCCUCUUCUACUCUAAGGACUGUAACAGAAUAUCUGAUGUGGAGAUAUGAAGGAGUUCGUUUGCAUCCUUUGUUUCUGAACCCGAGAUGCUAUGGGAACUUGCCACAGGAAGCUGCUGGGGAAAAAGAAAACCUGAUAGAGGAAGAACAGCGCCUGGGCCCCCAGAAGCUCCUUCUAGACCGUCCCCAAACGCUUCCAAGAUCUCCGAGUUGUGCAUCUGAGAGAAAGCCUCAUAGAGGAAGGACAGCGCCUGGGGCCCCGGAAGCUCCUUCCAGACCGUCCCCAAACGCUUCCAAGAUCUCCGAGUUGUGCACCUGAGAGAAAGCCUCAUAGAGGAAGGACUACUCCUGGGGCCCCGGGAGCUCCUUCCAGACCAUCCCCAAACGGUCUGCACCAUCCACUGGCUCUCUCUGCUCGACCGGACCAAUAAGCGUUCAUUGGAUGCUUCACCUUUGCCCCAGGUAAAGGCAACACCAAUGCUGCAUCUUCCUGUGGCUCCCUCAGGGGUCUGCAUGGCCUUUUUUUUAAGCUAUUACAAUUCGGGUAAGAUAGGAAGACAGCAAGUCGACAGCGGCCGAGCUUAUGGCAUUUUCCAGUUGAAAAACAUGGAAUAUUGUGAUGAUGGUUGCCGUACCUCAUUGAAUCUCUGCAGGACUGACUGCAUGUACUUCCUAGAUGAUGACCUUAGAGAUGAUAUUAAGUGCGUGAAGAAAAUUAUCCGCACAAGUCGAGGGUUGGAGAACUGGCCUGUAUGGAAGAACCACUGCAAAGGACGAAGCCUAAACACGUGGACAAACUGCAGAUCGCAUGGCCCUUGGGAAGUGUGGGGCUGAAUACGAGUCAAGUAUUCCUCUGGGUUUUCUGUUGAUGACGCAUGGCCUCUCUUCUCUUGAUCGAGAAUUCAACUUGUACUUUCUCUGCAACUGUUUUCAUGCUCUGUGGUGGGGAACAUGAACCUCAAUCUGAUUCUUAGUCCUGAAAAGAGUAGAACCAUUGAAUCAAUUGUAAUUUUCUACAGAUUAAUGUGCCAUACAGCAAUCGAUUCCUGGACUCUACUCUAGUUUGGACUUGAACCGUUGUUGUCUUCCUUCUCUAAAACAUGUUUGGAAAACAUCUAUUAUCUAUUAUCCCCUCUGUUGUAAACCGCUCAUAUUCCCAGUGAUUGGGCGGUAUAUAAAUAAAUCCUAUUAUUAUUAUUAUUAUUGUUAUUAUUAUUAAAAGGAUCUUUUGCAGGUAGUGGGGUUUUCCUGCUUUAACAUCUUGAGUAAACUCAGCCAUACUUCCGACUUGGUUGCUGUGUGAAAGAGAAAGACUCUGGAGAUCAUCAGACACAGAUAGCAUAGGGAUGGGAUCGCUCUCCUGUCCUCAUCCCAUCCAUGACAGUGAUAGCGCAGAAUAAAUAAAUAAAAUAAAUAAUAAUAAUAAAAUCUUUAUUUAUAUCCCGC